GAAGCAAGGCUUGCCCGAGUGAGAGAAAAGUUACUGGAAUAAAAAGAAAGAAAGGAGGAAGUCAGAACAUGAUGGGAGGUGGUGAAAUGAGGUUUCCUGCUGUAUUUCACAACCUCGCCAUCAGCAGUCUUGUUUUCUGGCUGCAGAAGUGAGUUAAACCCCAAAGAGACACCGCAGAGAACUGAGGAUGGCGGUUUGGGACGAAAAGGUUCUUUGGAGCUUCAUGGUGCUUCUAGCAGGUACUGUGGCUCAAAAUGUGAGCUAUCCUGUUCGAUCAGUUUGUGCUAUGGAAGGAUCGACGGUCACUCUGCCCUGCACCUUCACAUACAAAGAGUUUGCAGAGAAGAAUGGAAGAAAGGUUUCCAUGCAGAUUGUCAGAGUGGUCUGGUGUAAGAACCAUGAGAUCUGUCAGGGUAUCACGCCAUCUGUAUACGACAGCGAAAAACCCAGCGACCAACGCUAUCGAUACCUGGGAGACAAGAAGGGAAACUGCACUUUACAGAUCAGAAACGUAAAGAAGGGAGACAACGCAACCUUUCGCUUCAGGAUGGAAACAAACGUUGCAGACCAAAAUUUUACUGGGAAAACUGGAGUGAAUGUCACCGUCAACUAUGGCAGUAAAAUGAAAAUAAACAGCUCUAGUGGUGCUGGAGAGAUGAGAGGGGGUGAGACGGUCACACUGCGAUGCACUUCAGUCUGCUCUUCCCACCAACUGGUCAUCACCUGGUCAAAAGAUGGACUGACCCUCCCAGAUUCUGGCCCCGUCCUCCAGAUUGGUCCUGUGACUGCAAGGGAUUCUGGGAACUACACGUGUGCUGUGAAAAACAAGCCAAAUACAAGAUGUGUGCCAUACACCGUGCAGGUGAAGGAGGCAGAGGCAGACGGUAACCUGCCUCUAAUAGUCGGUGUGGUGUCUGGGGUCCUGCUGGCUGUCAUCACUCUCAUACUGGUCUUCUUCAUCAUCAAAAGGAGGCGAGUGGCAGCAGAGGAUCAGAGUGAUGUGGGAGGUGAAACGGAGGAAAAGCAUCGUGAUUACAUCUCCAGCAACAUCAUGCCUCCUGCAGAGCUAGAGGAAGUCUAUGACCGACCACAAACCAGCCGAGCUGUGGAGGACGUCAGCUACGCCGCUGUCCAGUUCAAACAAAACAAACAGAAAAGACAAGUGCAGGAGGCAGAGGACUCCAUCAUCUACUCUUCAGUCGCCACUCGAGGCUGAAGUGACAUCUCACAGGAUGCCAUUGAAUAUACCGACCGCUGGAGGCUCUGCCCAAUGGGAGAUUACAUUUGUCAGUUACUUUGAUCAAGUUCACUUUUAUCAGUCUGGUAAGUGAUGGUUUGUCACAGCAGUGUAUAGUGUGUGUUGACCUUCUACUUGACAGCAAGCAAAAGGUUCUCUACAGGAAACAAAAAUUACUUUUUGGAAGGUCAGAGCUUCUUCUCUCCAUUUAGAUUCAGGCUUUUCUUCUGUUACUUACUUGUGUCUUCCUGUAACACACUUCAGUAAGAGCUAUAUUUCUGUACUUACAGAUGUGGGGGUACAGUGGGUGUUUUUCAAGCCAUUCUGGCCCACAAGCCGCUGUGCAGUGGAAGAUAAGGCAUAUAUCAGGGUAUCUUGAGCUAGACUUGAAGUAUGAGCAAAUGGACAUAGCACGCAACAGUAUUCAUUUUGUAAGAACAGAUGCAGUAAAUUCUGGACGCAAAAAGAAAUUGUGUGAAAUUUAAUUUGGAGCAGUAUGUAACCAGCAUUGCCCAAACAGACUGGGCUUUUCAGGAGUCAGGUUUAAAGAUACAGGAGCUAAAAGUGUGUUAGAAGAUGUGUGAUGUAAAGUCAUUAGAAAAAUGUUUGGUUAGGUAAAUUGUGUGACAAGGAGGCUUCUUUUCUCAUCGACUUCUAUGCAAUCGUACUUCUUCUCCCGAGGAGUCGCCCCCUGCUGGCUGUUAGAAAGAACGUGUGUUGAGGUCACUUUUCAGAUCCGGAUUAUAUACAGUCUGGGUUUUCUGUUACUGUCCUUCCACUGCAACUCAUCAGGGACAAGACAGCAACUUUGGAAGGUAUUUGCUUUAGUUCUGACUGCUUAGGUUCGUACAAACAUCUUCCAUUACUUUUUUUUUUUUUUUUUUUUAACAAACCCUUCAUGAAAGUUAAUGUCCCAUAUGAGCGGGAGAAAACAUUACAGCAAGAUACCUGGUACUGAAAAAAUGUAAUCUAGCCUAAAAAAACAACAACAAAAAAAAAACAGUUCCAGCAAGUAUCAGCUGGUGUGUUCAGAACCAUAUCAGAAGUAGAAAUCUGUUGAAAUCAUCCAAACCUAAAGUUGAGCAGGAUUUUGUCUCAUUGUUUGUUCUCAUUGCAAAUAAAUUAUUUUGUUUUUACCUGUCAUUUUUAUUUUUGCAAUUAAACACAAACAUGCAUAUUUCUGUAAUUUACUGUUUUAUAUGAAAUGCUUUAUUUUGUGCCCUGUAAAUAAAGAUGAAUUUAAAUUGAGUGUUCCUGUUUUUGUGUUGGGAAACCCAGAAACAGGUACACAUCCAAUGAAAUGUAAAAUCUUAAUAAAGACAAUAUAUUGGGCUUACCAGCACUGAGA